GAAAUAUCUUUAAAGAAAGAGAAAGAACUUAAAGCCAAAAGUACUAACAAGUGUUGUUUACCUCUGGCGCCGCACUGGAUGGCUUUGACAUUGGCGCCACAUUUGCAUCCGGGCAGGUGUAAAUAUUCAUUUCUAUAGCUGGCAAAAUUGCCGGCUGCUUUUAGCAUAAUUAAGCGCAUCACUACGCCCCCCUAACCGCCCCCACUAUUUGCAAAGGACCCCGAGGAGAAGGACAAAAAACUUGGCCAGAGCCUUGAAACUUUGAAGAGCAGCCGACAGUCAAAGCAGCUUUAAGGUUCUGUUUCGUAGGAGACGGCGAACUGCAUGGAUGUCGCAGCAUGUAACCACCUGAUGUGGAGCACAGCGGAGCGAUGAGGCGUCCGACUCUGGUCACCACCGCAGCAUGUCCUUGUCGGAACGAAACACGCCUAGCCAUGGGCAGGGAUCGGGAUCGGGAUCGGGGGCCCGCCAGCGACCGCCGGACGUGGAGGAGGCGCUCUCCUCGAUGCUGUGGACCCCCUACGAGCGGACGCCCCUGCCCAGCUCCUCGGAGGAGGAGGCCGAGGAGGAAGACGACGACGAGCGGCUCAACCGGCAGCUGCGCAAGUCGCACAGCAGCUACGAGGCCUCGGCGUUGAACCACCCACACCCCCACACGCACCCCCACCACGUCCACCACCACCUCCCCCUUUUCGCCCACCACCAGCAGGCGCUGGACAGCGGAUCCGCCCUGCUCCUGCCCCCCGUGCCUUCGUUUCCCCCCUUUAGUUUAAGCGCCUUCGAUGCGGCCAUCGCUGACUUCGAUCAUCUGGCCAAAAGUGGUGUGGGUGUGGGUGGCCGGCGCAACCGCUACUCCUUCCCCGCCUACCAGGGUAGCCCCUCCCGCACCCUCACCCAGUGGUGCUCCUCGGCCGCCACUUCCAUCAAGGAGCCACCCUCCUACGAGUCACUGUACACCGCCUCCAGCUCGAAGAUUGGAGCUCCUCCACCCGCCUCCUCCCUGAUUCUUAAGGCCAGUGGGGAGGUUGGGGUGGCUCUCGAACCAUGUGAUAGAUCGCAACGAUCGCCAACGAAAGCAGCAGCAGCAGAGGAUCAGGAGCGCGAUGAGAACGAGAACGGUGAUGGAUCCCAGGCUGCUCCACUAACGGCUAAUGUUCCCGCUGGACUGGGUCUGAGGCGCUCCUUCACGGAUGACUACAUUUCACAGAAUUGCGCUCCAUUCACGCCAGCAACUGCAAUACAGCACGGCAGCAACACUGAGACAUCGGCAACGGAAAGACAAAGCCCAGCAACGAAUGCGAGAUCACAACAAAGCGAAGAAAACCCAAGCAGCAGCAGCGCAGCGAAUUGCAUUAUCAAUGAACAGAGAGACCAAACAGCAGCAGCAGCAACAGCAGCAAUUGCAACUCCAACAGCAACAUCAGCAGCAGCAGAGGAAACCAGCUCCUCGGUGGCAGUUCAGGUCAGUCAACCUGUUUCCUGUACAGCCAGAGAGCAGGGAGAGCGACUGAGAGCCAGCAACACUGGCAGCAGCAGCAACAAGAGCUACGCGAGCAACACGAGCAACACGAGCAGCGACGGCAGCAACAUCAGCGGCGAGCGAACGGGGAUCAGUCUCUCGGCAACUUUCGGCGGGCCAACAACGAACGCGAACAGCAACAGCAACCGGAAUUGCUACUACGCAGGCAGCAGCAGCAGCAGCUAUCGCCCACUGUACGACAGCAGUAGCAGCAACGUGCUGCGGCCCAACAAAUGUUUGGCAGAACUCGAGCGUCUGUAUGCCGAAUUUCGCGCGAGUGAAAGCAGAUUCGAGCGUGGUCUGAGCCAGUUGGACAUCGAAAACGCCAACGAAAUGCGUCUAAAUGUGCCAGCCACUGCGGCGGCACCAGCACCAACAACUGUUGCUGGUAGCGCCACCAGCAGCAGCAGUGUGUUUCUCAAUGUGUCUGGGAGCAGCAGUACCGACAGCGGCGACAAUCAAGUUGUCGACGAGGCCAAGACCAUCAGCAACAUUGCUGUGCUGCCAGCAGCAGCAGCAACUACCAAGUCCUGCCAGCGACAGCCGAGCCUAACGAUCCAAGUGAACAACAGCAACACUAACGGUACGAGUAACGGCAAUCGGGUCUUGGUUGCUUCGCCCACGAGCAUCGUGAACAACAACAACGGCGUGUGCGUUGUCAACUGCAGCUACACCCCCAGCAGCAGCAGCAUCAGCAACAGCAGCAGCAACACCAGCAACAACAACAACAACAACAGCGUGGUGGAAAUCAAUAAUUGUGUGCCAGCAGCCAAAGUGUUUAGUGCAAGUGUUCAAAAUAAGCUAAAUAAUAAUAGCAGUAGUCCCCCAAGCGGGGAUAAGCAACAUGUUGCUGCUGCCGCCACGGCCAGCAAUAAUAAUCAUGUGCAAACCGAUAACAGUGUCAAUAUAAUCAAUGUGAAUGCCAGCAACAACAAUAAUAAUAGCAGCCUCCCACGCACCUUCACCUCAACUGAAUGCCAAACGGAUGACCUGUCAGCCAGCUCAUCAUCAAACCUGCAACAGCAACAGCAGCAGCAACAACAAAUGCGGACACGGGAGCAACGACGCAAGGAAAGGAGAGAACGCCGGCAGCAGCAGCAACAGCAACAACAGAUUCCGGCGCACCAUCCACGCCGCCACCCACCUCCUCCUCCACCGCCCCAAUUGCACCCACCCCCGCACCUGCACCACCCACAUCCCCACCCACUUCCCCACCCCCAUCCCGCCGCCAUGGGCUUGGCGCGGGCUCUGCUGCCGGAUAUCCUGCACGCCCACUACCCGCCGCCCUACAGCGCUCUGCCCGUUCCCGUGGCCAUGGCCGCUGCACCGCCCCCCGCGGCAGCGGUACAGCAACAGCCUCAGCAUGUUGCUGCUGCUGCUCCGGCCACGCCGCCAGCGUUGACGUCCGUGAUAUCGACGGUGCCACUGCCGGGUCCGGUCCCAGCGCCUCUCAUGAGCGAUGGACGCUUCACCCUGCCGCUGCCCAUCAUGCGCAGAUCCCCCUCGGAGAGAUCGGGCAAGGGCUGCUGUGGCCAGUGGUUCGCCGGACCGCCGCUGCGCGCCCUCAUCGCCGUCGUCGCCCUGGGGGGCGUGGCCUGCGCCCUGGGCGGAGCGGCCUUGGGCGCAACGGGGCUCGCCGGGCCGCCCAACUCCCACCUCACGGCCGCCCUGCUAAUGAUUGGAGUCGGCGUUAUUUUGGUGACUGUGAGUGGAGCUGCCUGGCGGAUGACGGCGCCUGGCGGGCAAAGCUGUCUGGGAAUCGGGCUGGGCACCAGCGUGGACCUCGGGCGUUGCGGUCGGAGGCCCUGCAGCCGCGGAGGAGGAGCACCCCACGGACUACUCUAUCCGGAGUUCCAGCACCGCCCACCACCGCCCUCGUACCAGGCCAGCAUGCAGGAGUACCGGCUGAGACUUUUGCUGUUGGACCGCGAUCGCCAGAAUGGCGUGGUGCGUGGAAAUUCGCCGCCGCCCACUUAUCGAUCUCAUGCGGGCAGCCUGCUGAGGGCUCCACUGACCACCCUGCGAUCCGGAAUGGGAGGCGGAGGCGGCGGAGGAGGCGGGGCCGGAGGAACCAUCAGCAGCAGCAUGGGCGGAUCGGAGUACAGUCUGCCGCCCAGCUACCGCUCCAGGAACGCCACGCCCUCCAGUCUAGUGUGCAGCGAGCGGAACAUCGAGACGGCUCCGUCCGGAAGACUAUUGGCCAACGAGGACCUGCAAAUGCCGGAGCCGUCGGUGGUGGAGCAAUUGCCGGACUACACGGCGCUGCAGUCGAACACAUUGCUCACCUCGGCCAUUGUGGAGAUAGAGUCCUCGAAUCGGGUGCCAGAAAGGGAGUCCAGCGCCUCGAAAAGCAAGGAUCUGGUGACCAUAGUGACCAUUUCCCAGUCACCAAGAAGCAGCCACAGCCACAGCCAAACCCAAACUCAAACUCAAAAUCCAGCUGGCCAGGCCAGUGCCCUCGAUCAGAUCGAUAUAUUGGCGCAUCUGUAGCUAUCGAACUGAUACUUCAGUUUGGAUACUUCAGACACUCGUGUUAACCCAAAGGUAUUUAUUUGUACGGAACUCAAGCUGCUCCUAAAUGAAUAUAUAUAAUGUAACCCCUAUCUGUAAACUGUAAACUGUAAGCUGUUUGUUGUACUUGAAUGUGUUGAAUUUAUUUUUGUAAGCAUUAAGCAGAUGCGCAGCGUAGUUAUUACGAAUUCUAGAUACUUGCAAUUAUACAUAUAUACGCCUACCCAUUGAAGUAUUAAAGUAUCCAAAAAGAAAAUCAAACAAUGAAAAUGUUAAAACAAGAGACACUCUGAAACUCUGAAACUAUCGAGCUGUAAAUACGAAAAUUUCGAAUGCAUUUCUAGCAACUAAACUAUAAAACCAGGCCAGAAACGAAGAGCAAAACUAAAGUAUAUAGUGUAUUGUAGGUAUGUGUAUCCCUUGGGAUAUAUGCAUAGCUCGCAACGGAACGCUACGGUGACAAAUUUGGCGCGCACUUUCGGAAACCACGAAUAUCCAACUGAAUACUGAACUUCGAUGUCGAUUUCGAUUUCUGAAUGCGUUUCGCACAAAAACAAAACAUAGGUAGACCUACCCCUAAUGAUAUAUAAGUUACGACUAAUUGUAUGCGUGUCCUGCACGAGUACAACACACACACACACACACAAACACAAAAACACACUCACA